CUUCAGUUGCCAAUCAAGUGAGAGAGAGGCUCAGAUAAUUCAGAAAAAAUAUUAAAAAAAAAAAGCGUCUUUAUCUAAGAAGGACACGUGUCGAUCUCCGAUUGGUUCCAGUCGCCGGAAAAAAAUGGGCAGGACGACGUGGUUCGACGCCGACGGCAUGAAGAAAGGGGAGUGGACGACGGAGGAAGACCAGAAACUCGUCGCUUUCAUCAACGAACAUGGCAUCGGAGAUUGGCGUUCGCUUCCCCAGAAAGCCGAUCUUCAGAGAUGCGGGAAGAGUUGCAGAUUAAGAUGGCUUAAUUAUCUGAGACCGGGGAUUAAGAGAGGCAAAUUCAGUCAUGAAGAAGAAGAAGCCAUCAUCCAACUUCAUGCCGUUCUUGGAAACAGGUGGGCAGCCAUAGCCAAGCAAUUAUCGAACAGAACAGACAACGACAUCAAGAAUCAUUGGAACUCUUGUCUCAAGAAGAGACUUGCAAGAAAUGGCAUCGACCCAAUGACCCAUGAACCCUUCAACGUCACCGGAGCAACGACAAGCUCUUCGUCUUCGGCGACGGAGACGGCGACUUCUCCCGUGACUCCCAGCUCAUGCUCUUCUUCCUCCUCCGGCUCUGCUCGGCUCUUGAACAAACUCGCCGCCGGUGUGCGACGACGGAGUUUUGACCUCAAGACGAUUUUGUCACAGACGCCGGAGACGGCGACGGUGACGGUGAACUGUCACGACCAGGAAGAAGAGAGUGAGAAGAACGAUAACGAGAUGGAUGUUCUAAUGUGGGACGAAGAUGACAUGGACAUAGGUGGUGACGUGGACAUAGGUUGCUGCAUGGAGAAGCUCAGUUUUAUGGAUGAAACGAUGUCGUUUGAAGGGUUCGGAGAUAUCUCCACCACAACGACGUCGUUUGACGGGUGUGACUCGUUCAUGUAUCUCGACACGUCAACUUUGCGCGGUCAAUACAGUUCUGAUUUGUACGAGAUCGAUGACAUUGGUCGCCUCAUUUGAUGUGACCAUUCGUGAAAUUUUUUCCACGUCGGAUUUUUGAGUUAUGAUAAUUAUGCUUUUUUUGGGGGCAUUAA